GGUUGCGACAAGCAAUGAGUGAAACCUCUUCGGAUUCACCCAAUAAAUCAGUUCCUGACUGUAUAUCACCAGUGUGUUUCAAUGGUGCACUGAGUCCUACUGCCAUUAGUAAUCCUGCAUACAGUCCUGCCAUGUCACCCAAUAGUUCAUCAGCUGUUGAUUUCAUGACUCCUUUGAAGAAAAGGCGGCUCCGAGCAUCUAUCGCUGCAGAAGAAGUUGUCACAACAACCAUCACAUCAGCACCACUGACACCAACAGCAACACCCCCAGCAUCUUCUACACCCCCAGCAUCUUCUACACCCCCACCUCCUUUGGUUUCUUCAAGUGAUUCAUAUUCUCACAUCCUGCGAACACCUUCUCCUAAGUCCAUGAUGUCAACUGAGGAUAAAAGGAAUGGAUAUAAACCAUUGCUAUCACCAAUAACCCCUGUCACACCUGUGUCUCAAGUACGCUAUGAGCCAAUUUCCUCUCCUGAUACCACGCCAGAGGUCAACAAGUACCAAUCACCAUUUCCAUUCCCUCCUCCUUUCAAGAAGGAAUUAGCCAAGCAGAUAUCGGCUGACAGUGGAUUCUCUGGCACACCGACAGACUGCACGCUAUCACCAGCCACACCUCUUGUUACACCAAGGAAAUCUUUUGACUGUACAGACUCUUCAAAAACUGAAAUAUCAGCACUGACUGAAACUAGAGAUAGAGACUCUGCAAGUAAUAUUUUUAAUGUAAACUCUAAUGUUGAUGAUAACGAUAUCCAUGUGGGGUAUGUAAUGACUACUCCCAGGACUAGUAACAUAGAGAGUAAUGUCUCUACGUCAACUGAACAUGUGGAAAUGACCAUAUUUAAUUCAGAGCCAAAGGUUUUGGACUCGAGUAUAAAAUCUAGUGUAGUAGCGGUGCCCAAUGAGGGGGCUAUACAACUAGACCAAGUUGACCAAACGGAAAGGGUUGAACAGGAAAAGAAAGGGAAUGUGAUUUCUUCACUGUCAGACCCUAGGACGUCAUUACUAAGAGCACGGAACUUAUCCACGGCACUGAUUAGCAGUGCCAGUGAACCAGAUUUGCAAAAGUCAGUGCAAAGCAUUGUGAACUUUAAGCAGUCUGAUUCCACAGUUGAUGUGGAACGCGAUAGUGGUAAGAUGACAUCAGCUGCAGCUGUGGUGGUACCACACAACAGUAUAUCAAGAAAUGAAGGGGUUACAUUGCAACCCAAAGGAGCAAAUUUUUCAACAAGGACAAACUUUUAUCCACGGCAUAUGGAUCGGUUCUCGAACUCGUACAGGUCUCGUCGGAACUCUGGUCCCGCCGACAGUAGGACAGGAGAUUUUGGCAUGUGGUCAUCGUCUCAUAAUCCAUUUGCCGAGGAUCAUGUGAAAUUCAGUGAAUCUGGGCUGUACACUUCAUUUACAUCACCUCCUAAACUCUACAUACCGGCAGCUCGAAAUGCUCGCACAUUUGAUUUCAGUAAAAUUCCAUCCAAGACCAACUUCUAUGUUACAGAAUCACCUGUGAUAAGUUCAUCAACAAAUAUUGUGUGCAAGCCGGCAAGGAAUGUUGAGACCCCAGAUUGCAAGAGUAAUGUAGACACGGAGGAUACAACUAAAAACCAUAUUGAUGUUGUUGAUGAUACAUCCGUUAUGAGCACCAGUAGUUUGAUAUCAAGCUCUUCUUCAAGUAGUGUGAGCAGCAGCCCAAUUGUGACGUUCUCUUCAUCGAGUGUCGCGAGUAGCCCUGUAACCUGCUCUCCAUCGACGAGUAGCCCUGUUACGGAAUCACGGAAUGUGAAUACCAGUCCUGUGAUCAGUAUGCCGAUAGCUGUUGUAUCAAGUGGCCAAAGUAACGCCCUUCCUCCAAGUGCUGGAGUCGAAAGUUCUGUUCGAUUGCCAUCUUCGGAAGCAACUGAAAACCAACAACCUGAUAGCAGGCUUGUUGUCCCUAGUACAACAGCAAAUGUUAACGAUACUCAGUCAUUUUGUGGUCCCGUAGCUGACAGUCCUGUUAGAGUUGUGUCCUCUGUUUGUGCGCCCAGUAGCUCGCCAACAACUAGUGUGUCGAGCAGUACAUCUAGCGAUGGUUUUCCACCAUCUGGAACAUUGCCGUUGAUUGUGUCACCAUCUGAAAGGCCAGCAGUGACAAGCACACCACCAUCUACACCUCCUGUUAAGCGAAAGGUUUCCCUGCUUGAGUAUAGGAAGCGACGAAAAGAACGCUCGACUGCAACCAGUACAUCUGUAACACCCAGUAGUAAAUCUUGUGAUGUCACACCGACUCAAAGCCAAGCUAAGCCAAUUCCCAGCCUGGCCACUCUGCCGCUGUUUGUUGGCUCAACUGAUGAUAGGAAGACACCACCUCCAGGAAUACUGGUUAAUAAGAUACACACUUCCUCUAUUCUGAAGUGUAAAGAGAAGAUAAGUGAACAGGACGUGCAAUGGAAAUCGCCGGUACUGGAGAAACUCAAAGAGGAUCCGUUAGACAGAUUGCGGAGAGAUCUUGAUGAUAGAAAUGUUAAGGAACAAGAAAGAAGGGAUUCCAAUGGAGGAAAGCACAAGGAAGAGACUGGAAGAUCUCCUUUGAAAAGGUCGACUUCUCCGUUGCCUCCACCUCCGCCACCUUUGAAAAUAAAGAAAGCCAAGUCUGGAUUGAAGCUUCAAAUGCCCCCUCCACCACCACCUAAACAAGGAGUUCUUGGAGAUGUCAAAGAAAUCAUCCCAAACGUAAAACCCAGUGUAAUAAGAGGAGCACAUUUCACCCAGCCACAGCCGCCACCACCACCUCCUCAGCAAGUACAAAUACAUUCACAAGUUCAACAGUCUGUGCCGCAACAGCAGUUCACUCCACCUUUCCAGCAGCCUGUUCAAUCAACGCAACAAUCACAACCAUACCAAUUUCAACAGCAGUAUCAGUACCAGCAGCAACCACCCCCUCAAUCACAGCAGCAACAGUUGCCAGUGCAGCAGCAACAGUUGCCAGCACAGCAGCAACCACAAUUACCAAUCCAGCAGGAACCAUACCCUCAGCAACAGUAUAGUUACAAUGGUUAUGGGCAGGGGUUUACUGAACAAAAAUAUCAACCACAACCGCAACCCCAGUAUUACCAACAACAACCACAGGCACAGCAAUACCAGCAGUCUACUACGGCUACUGCAUCAGCUCCAUACCAACAACAAUAUUCGCAGCAGCCAACAGUACAGCCGACUCAACCAGUGGUGCAGCAACAUCAGCAGCCUGUGUAUCAACAAUCUUAUCAAGGGUACGGACAACAACAACAACAACAGCAGCAGCAGCAGCAACAACAACAACAACAACAACCUUAUACUGGCUACACUCAGAACAGCAGCUACUACAACCAACCAUAGCUAGUACUGCAUAAAUCAGCAAGGUGGCAACAUUUAAAAAAAACUAAUGUGUACUGGAAAGAAGUGAUUAUUCUCUGAUUAUUAUAUUGUAUCAGAAAACUUGUAUAUUUGCUGUAAAUGUGAUGCUUUAUGUGCUUUUUUUUUUAAUUUGUGCUUUUUUUUGAGAUUAUAUACGUAGAGCUAUGUUUAUAUAACUAUGAUAUCUAUCCACAGCUGUAUUAUAAAAAGAGAUUUAUAUUGGAAUAGUUUGUCUGCAUAUUAUAAUGGUAAUUGUACGUAUUAGAAAGUAGACGAUAGUUAUAAUUUCUUUUAAUGGUUAUCUACAUUUUGUUAGUAUAUUUAGUAUGCCAUUGAGAAUUCACCUGUAUAUAUUGUCACUCACUUUGCUGUAUCAUACUACUUUCUCAUUUUGUAUUGGGAAGUUGUUUGUAUUGUCCCGUUAGAAAACGUACAAGAAAAAAAAAGUAAUACUUGUUUAAAUGUGAUCUUUGUAUGUGUUGUCUUGAAAUCCUAAAUUUGUGAAUUCCGUUUUCUAACUGUUUUACUUGAUUCAAUUUAAGCUGUACUGUUUAUGGUUUAACUCCCACCUCCCAUCUUCAAACUUUUCUUCAUCUCUUCUUUUCUGUCGAGUACAUUGACUUUCUUGUCAUGCACCAAUUUGAUGUUCCCUUUGGAUAAGUUACCUGUAUGUCGAGUCUUGUUUUCUGAAAGUAAGGCGACUAUUUUCACUCCUACUCUAA